UGGGACCUCUCGGGCGUCUGUCUUCAAGACAAUUGCUUUCAGGAGUGUGCCUCUGUCAACGCAGUACCUGGUCAAUGCGUAGGCACAAAGAAAAGGCUGCGUCGGUGCCUUGCAAAGCCACGGAAGCCUGUGAUCUCUCAUUGACAUUGUCGCCCUCGUCUUCCUCACAGGCUGCCUCGUCUUCAUGUGAUGCGCUUGCACGUCCUGAAUGCCACGUACAGCAGGCUAUGGUCCCGUCCGACCCUCGUACAGUACCUGGCUGUUACUCGUCGUCCACCUCUACAUCUUGUCUCUUUGCUUCCUCAGCUUUCCGCGGCCUCGCUCGGCCUAUCUCGUGCUCAAUAGCUGGCACAUUUGGACAUCGAUGGGCCUCUUCUUCGCUUCUGUCCCGCACGCUCAGACGAUGGACUCUCACUGUACUACACUAACACAUGC